CCUCCAUGAAGGUCACACGUUUUGCCAAAUUUGGCCUACAAAUUCAUCGAAAUCUCGAAAAGUGUCGAAUUCUAAGCCCCAGCUCGAUAUUUCAACUGAAGCCCACAUCCUUGCGCAACUUUUCCACCAAAAAUUCAUUUCGACCAAAUCGCAAUUUUGGAGAAAUUUUGAAUCGAAGUGGAGGCCGGCUCGGCAUAGGGAUUUCAGCAUGUACAUUUACACUAGGGGCUGUAUUGUAUUCGUUAACCAAGUCUCCAUCAGGGAAUGUUGCUGCUGCCUCCUCAGAGAGGCCUCAACAUAAAAUAUCGAGAAAAGUCAGAACUCACACAGAUAACACAGGCCUGAAGAUAACGCUCUACCAGUAUCAAACUUGUCCUUUCUGCUGUAAAGUAAGAGCGUUUCUGGAUUACUACGGAUUCAAUUAUGAUGUCAUCGAAGUCAACUCAGUCCGCCAGACAGAGAUCAAGUGGUCUGGUUAUAGGAAGGUUCCAAUCGUGGUCAUAGAUGGAUUGGGGCCAGAUGGAUAUCUGGUUCUAAAAGAUUCCACGGUCAUCAUUAGCAUCCUAAAGUCAUUCCUCUUGGACCGAUCUCGCUCGAUCAACUUGAUACAGCAGUGCUAUCCAUCCUUGGAAUCAAAAAAUGAAAAAGGGAAAAAAGUUGUGGAGUUUCCUAAUAGAUACUUCUUGAUGUACUUCGACUCCAAACCUGACAGAUCACCAGAAGCUCUAAAACUAGAGAGGAAAUGGAGGCGUUGGACAGAUGAUUGCCUGGUUCACAUGUUGUCACCAAAUGUCUACCGAACAUUUUCUGAGGCGUUUCAAGCAUUUAACUAUUUUUCUGAAGUGGGAGAGUGGGAGCAGAAUUUCUCUAAUCUAGAACGAAAGAUGGUCAUCUAUGUUGGAGCAUUUGUCAUGUACUUUAUAGGCAAAGUGCUGAAAAGGAGGCAUAGCCUAAAAGAUGAUGUCCGUGUGUCACUGUAUGACGCUCUGAAUGAAUGGACAACAGCUCUCGGGAAAAAUCAAAAAUACAUGGGUGGAGAUCAACCAAACCUUGGCGAUUUGUCUGCUUACGGCGCUCUUUCUUCCAUCGAGGGAUGUAAUGCGUUUCAAGAUGCGCUGAAUAACACAAAGAUCAGGAGAUGGUAUUCUGACAUGAAGGAGAUCGUGACAAGUCAUGAAGGAGCUGAAGUGAUCAAGAUGGGGAAAUAAUGUCCAACUCUGAGAGUAAGAUGAUGGCGAGUGAUCUGGCAUCUGAUAGGUGUUGAUCUUGAAUAUGGUAUUGCAACUAAUAUUUACCUGGCAUAUCUCCAGCCAUAAAGUAUGCUGGGCGGGAUCAGAACAGAGGACAUCUUUUCAUUCCCAGGAUGCCAACUUGACCACGGAAGGUGAACCCUUCUGGUCUCGUCUCGGAACAACGGACCAACUCCGAUUCAUGUCAGAGGACAACUUCUUGUGAUUGUGACAUUCAAAGUAUGCCAACUUGACAAUGGAGGGUGAACCCUUCUAGUCUCGUCUCGGAACAACGGACCAAUUCCGAUUCAUGUCAGAGGACAACUUCUUGUGAUUGUGACGAGGUGCAGGUGUUGUCCGUAGAAAUCCAUCGACUUUUGUAAACAGAUAUGUAAAUUUGUUGGACUGAUCAUAUUCGUGGCAGGGACUCAGCUCACCAUUGCCAGACU